AUGUCAGACUUAGAAUCAACACUAGAAAGACUGCGUAACGCGUACGACAAUCCUGAAUACGCAAAGGGUCUGAAUACGGCACUGAGGAAGGCACUGAGACUAUAUGCUGCGGCAGCCAGAUUGGACUUUGUGCAAGACAAUGCGGGAAACAUACACAUCUGGAGGCAUGGCCGGGACCCCGACCUUGCAAACAUCGCCAUAGCCUUUCAAUUGGACGAAGGCCGUUCGUGGGCUUCUUGUGAAAGUGCAUUUCGCCUCUUCCACCAACUGCAGAGAGAAAAUCUACUCUGCGGUGUUACUCUGCUAGGCUGGACUUCUGUGGGAGAUGAUUACCUCGGGCGCGAACUGUGGGAAGCAGGUGGUUUCAUGCCGAGAAAACAGCCGGUGCAGCCCGAACUGGAACAGUUUUCGGCGUUUGAAGAUGUGUCGAAGUUUCAGUUGUCGGCGGUCUUUGAAGUGGCUGAGACACCAGAUACGCCGUUGGAGGUUGAAGGAGCACCUGUCCUGAUCGAACACGUCAAGAAAAUAGCUUCCUCAGCGGUAGCAAGCAGGACAGCAAUUCGGAAAGCGAUCCGAGCACCAGAGAUACGCCUCAAGGGCCAAAACGCUGAAACGACAGGCUUUGAAGCGAUCAAGACUUACAGCGCAUAUGUUGGUGCCUUAUUUGACAACUUCGACUAG